AUGGGUGUUGGUAAACAUGAUUUGAUAGCUAUGUUGAUUUCUAGGCCUACUUUAAUUCCUAGGAGUAGUUUGGAUGAUGUAAAGUUGGAUUUUAUUAGGAGAACAGGGGUAGAAAAGGGUUGUAAAUUGUAUAAGUAUGUGGUUACGAUUUUUGCCAUUUCCCGGGUUGAGACUGUUCUUGAGAAGGUUGCGAAUUUUGAGAAAUUCGGGUUCACUGAGGAUGAGAUUUUUGGGCUUUUUGGGCGAGCGCCUCUCCUGUUGACAUUAUCUAUAGAUAAAGUUCAAAGGAAUAUGACUUUUGUGUUGGGCAUCAUGAAGCUAAAUGCAAGUGUGGUGCUUCGAUAUCCAUUCUUGAUAUUUUCUAAUUUGGAGGGUGUGAUAAAGCCGAGGUUUCUUUUAGGGGGAAAGAUAGAUGAUUUGGGUCUUGAGCCUCAAAUAAAAGGCCCUUCAUUGUUGAGGGCAUUGAGGAUGACAGAGAAACGGUUCUUCAAGGUUUUUGUAGAUUGUCAUCCAAAGGAUGUUGCAAAAGAGCUAACGGCAUUUUACAAAACUACAAAAUAUAUUAGGAGGUUGGCAGAAUCUUCAAAGAAGAAUGCUCGUAAAGGAUUCCCGUAUUGA